AUGGCCGGGUGUGUGAGAUUUGGGUUUGGCGACAGUGACAGUAUUACGCCACGCUUGUUUCUGGCCGUGGCCCUGCAGACGGUUGACCAGUUGAUGGAGAAGCAAAGUACGUUGUUCAGCACCGAGCAGAUCCAGUUGUUGAGUCACGAUGUUCAUCCGACCGUGAGAGUGGACUUUGAAGGCGCCACCAAGUACAAGGAUUUCUACGAAGCUAAUGUCGAGCCAGAUCGAGUUAAUUGGGCUAGGCAUACCUUGCUGAUGUUGGCUGAGGAUGGUCAGCUGGAGGGUCCGUCAAUCGCUCCGUUGAAGACGUCGAUGGGGAGCAUGUGCCAGUUGCGCGACGCUCUGUUGGAGUCUUACAAAACGCUUGAGCCCUCUGGCAACUACAAGUCACUCUUCUGGAAGGGAGUCUGUCGGCCUAUGCUUUGGACGAACACCAAGGGCCGGCUGAUGGCGGCGUCCGACGCCGUGGUGCGUAAGAGAGGUUACGUGUGCUCUCGGUGCGAAUUAGGUGGGGUGGUAAGCCUUCCCGCGUGGAACAGUGUGAUCAAUACCGCAACACAAGACAGGUAUGGCUGGCGUGGUAUACCCUGGCGUGAUUUCAUGCCUGAGGACCUUCGACUCCCCCUCAGGGAAUGGGUAGCACGUGGCGGAGAGUUCACACCAAGGGGACAGUGGCCGACAGGGAAUGAUAUGCGGUUCGUCUGGCCUCAGGAGAUCGAACACGCCAAGGGGCGCAUCCAGACUGAAGCCAAGAAGCAAGGCGUCAAGUGCGACGAGUACCCGUGGGAGGCAACGUUUAUGCCACGUGAUGAAUCCAUUAGGUGUAGCGGUGACAGGGCAAAGGACGGCAUUUAUGCAACCAUGCUUAAUUACCUUAGAGUCUGGCGCGUCGCUAACCUCGGCGACCUAAUCAAGUCCUACCGUUUCUCGAUAGACGUCAUCCAUCCGCUCGAGAUGGAUGCUCGCCGGCUCAUCUAUCAGUCAAAAGAAUCAGGUGAUAAUUACUACAUCGGCAGCUACGCACAAACCUACGUUGUGCUCGAAGGCGCUGACAGUGCCGAAGCCUCCAGGCUGCGCCUUGCUACUGUCCCCUACUGCCUGAUCGCGAAAGACUCGAAAGACGCCUCGGCUCGACAAAAGGCCUUCUGGAAGCAAGUAAGAAUUGACGCAGGUUGUGACGUGUACAAGUAG